AUGGACUAUAAUGAUCCAUCGCGACGGCAAUACGCGCAGAAUCCAUAUACCACCCAGCAGCAGCAGCAGCAGCAACAGCAGCAGCAUGGCGGCGCCCAGGCGACCGGCCAGUACACCACGCCUGGAACUGUCGAACGCUUUCGGCAGUCGUCUUACAUCCCGCAGUCGCCGACCACCGUACCUUCGUCGGGAAGAGCAGGUAGCGAUGCGCAGGUGUAUGGUUUCGCAGCGCAGAGCUCGCAGUAUGCCACUGGCGCGUCGGCAUCAGCGCAGGGCACAGAUUACCCAUCGCACAUCAUGGGCGUGCAGAGUCCGGACGUGCCGCGACAGCAAGACACCGCCCAGCAAUAUCAGCAGUACGGGUCCAGCGUUAUGUAUGGCAUGGCGGGUCAGGCCCAGACGGCGACACAGUCGCCUUAUGACCCAGUCUCGCGCUACACGCAACAAAGGCCUGGUAUCGCGUCCGAGACACUGGCGUCCCAAUUUGGUGGACCGCAGACCGCACAGUAUUACCUUGCAGGACAGUCGGUUCCCACCAGUGCGACAAUGCCCGACCUGGCGGCACCACAUUUGCCGUCACAAUACCAGUCCGCGUAUGCUCAGGCUGGCCCUUCAGCAUCGCAGACCUACGGUGCCAUGAUGGACCCGACACAGCCUGGCGCAUACUCUGCGUAUGCCGCUGCCCAGUACACGCCUCAAUCCAACCAGUCGAUCGACCAAGCCUUCAACAACUACCAAGCGCAGAUUCGCACCCUCUUCACCAACGUUCGAGCCGAGCAAUUGCGCGACGUCGGCCAGCUCUUGAUGGACAUCUCGCACUAUCUGCUGGGAAAUGCAGAAGCGUUAGGGCUUACUAGGGACGACGACAACCUCCACGACGAUCGCAUCCGUCUAUGGGACGAGUUCAACAAUGCUUGGCGGGCCGCUCUUCAGGCGCAGUUCGACAUGACUCGGGAAUGGAUUCGCGACAACCAACCGCGGCGCGAGCCACGAUCCGUCAUGAACCAGCAAACAUUGGAGACCCUGUCACGCGAGCUUGUGCGACUGUGCGACAGCAUCGAGAAGCACGGCUUGGUCGACUACCAAAUGGGUGUGGCAGAAGAGGAGAUCAUGGACCUGCUACUUCGGUGCCUCGCUCAACUCGAUCCAGAGAGCGCAGGAAGUGCAGAAGCAGGCGCAGAUUCUUCUGCGUCAGCCGCUGCAAGGUCGCGAUAA